AUGACUUCGCAGAGCACGGGUGGGCUGGGGCACUUUAGCGCCACGAGUCUGUUCGACGUACGCGGUCUGACGGCGGUCGUGACUGGCGGCAGUUCGGGCCUGGGCCUGUACGCUGCCCAAGCGCUUGCGGCCAACGGUGCACUGGUGUAUAUCCUCGGUCGUCGUUCCGACCGUCUCUCCUCGGCCGUCGACACCUUCCAUACCCUCCUACCCGACCCCAACCAGCGCCACUCCGGUGACCUCAUUGCUAUUCAGGCUGAUAUCACCUCGAAGGCAUCGCUUUCGGAUGCGCGAGAGCGUAUCUCAACGGACCUUGAUGCGAGAGGCCGAAGGGGCAUUAAUGUUCUUAUCUGCAAUGCGGGUAUUGGGGGGAGGUUCUUGCGAUCCUACGGGUCUGAAUCCAGCACGGGGGAUAAGGAGGAGUUUGAAGAGAUCGUAGACGAGCUAUGGUCUUUCAGCGAGUCGGAAUGCGACGACAUUCUGCGCACCAACGUCACGGGCAACUACCUCACCGCCCUCGCCUUCCUCCCCCUCCUCAAAAAGGGUACGAGUGAAGAGUACAAUUCGCAGACGAUUUUGAUCUCGAGCAAUGCCGCAUGGGCCAAACUGCCCAUUCUCAAUCCGGUGUACAAUAUCUCCAAAACGGCCGUGUCACAGCUAGGGCAGAUUUUGUCGACCAUGUUCGCUACGCACAUGCUCAGGACCAACAUCAUCGAACCAGGUCUUUAUCCGUCCGACCUCACCAGCACCGAACCCACCGAUCAGCAGACGGGACAUAAGACGCUUAGCCAUACAAACGGCGCUGAUAUCCCCGUGGGCAGGUGUGGAGAGCCCAGGGAACAUGCUGCGGCCGUGUUGUACCUCGCCUCGAGAGCGAGCAACUUUGCCAACGGGGCCACUAUGCGGAUUGACGGUGGCGCCCUCCAACGCAUUCCCGCUUCUGACUAG